AUCCAUCGUUGAACUUUGCACCCACAUGCUCAUAAAAUACAACAAAGUCAAUGAUUUUUUCAGAUUUAUAUGGAAGUCCACUGUGAUUAGUAAUUUCUCUACAUUUCAACUACAUUUGUAAUUUCUGUCAAGCAAGACAACAAAGCAAUGGCUGAAGCAAUUGUGUCCAUGGUUGUGGGAAGGAUCACUGAUUUGUUGAUUGAGGAACCUCAACUUCUUCACCAAGUGAAAGGUAAAAUUCAACAAGUGGUGACCGAGCUCGUGAGGAUGAAGACAUUCUUGCCAGAUGCUGAUUCAAGGAUUGAUGAAGACAAAAUCCGCAUUUUGCUUGCGGAGGUACUGCAUCUUGCCUAUAGUGCUGAGCAUGCUGUCGAAAGCUUUCUGGUCAAAGCCAUUUCAUCCCCUGGAAAAACAAUCCAGUGGAUGAAUACAAGGAAGUUUUCAGGACGAAUCACUGAUAUUCAAAGAAAGAUGUCUCCCCUGUUCGGUUUCUUUCUGGAGUACAAAAUCAAAUCAACUUCGGAAUCCGCUGAUUCAUCAAAUUCCUUAUAUGGGACCGCGGGAAAGUUAAAGAGAUUCCACUCUUUCACUACUGUUGAACCACCGAUAUUUGUGGGAUUUCAGGGAGCUGUUGAUCUCUUGGUGGGACAUUUGGUCAAAGAAAGUGAUGAUUCUCACCCGCUUGUCUCUAUCUGUGGAAUGGGAGGCCUGGGUAAGACGACCCUCGCUGAAAAGAUAUACAAUCAUUCCACUAUUAGGGCUUGCUUUGAUGGUUUGGCUUGGGUUUCUAUUUCGCAAAAGUGGGAGAAAAAACAGGUUUUGCAACGAAUUCUUGUAUGUCUCAACCAUGAGAAGAAAGAAGAAAUUCUUGCUAUGAAUGAUGACAGUCUAGUGAAAAAUCUGCUACAAAUCCAGGAAAAGAAGAAAUGCUUGAUAGUCCUUGAUGACAUAUGGUCAAAUGAUGCUUGGGAUUCUUUAAAAGCUGCAUUCACAGCUGAAGGCUCUCUAAGCAAAUUAAUGCUUACAAGCCGUAAUGUUGAGGUUGCUGAGCAUGUAAAUCCGAGAGGUUUCAUAUACCAGCCAGAAUGUCUAAGUGCUGAUCAGAGUUGGGAGCUACUUCGGUUGAAAGCCCUCCCCAAAGGAUAUUAUCUAGAUAAUAUGGAAGAUGUUAAAAGGAGGGAAGAAAUAGGAAGAGAAAUGGUUAAAAAAUGUGGUGGUCUUCCAUUGGCUAUUGUGAUUUUGGGGGGUAUACUUGUAACAAAACCUUCGCUCAGACAGUGGGAGAGGGUGUAUAAUGAUAGUCUAUCAUCCCUAAAGAAAGGGAAGGGAUUGGGAGAAAAUCAGCAAAAUCAGUUAAACGACAUAUUAGUUCGGAGUUACAAGGAAUUGCCCCCUCAAUUAAAGUCAUGCUUUCUAUAUCUGGGCAAAUUCAGUGAAGAUGAAUGGAUAGAGGCAGAAAACUUGUAUCAGUUAUGGAUUGCGGAAGGGAUAAUACUAUCCAGCGACAAAAGGGUAGGAGAAACAAUGAUGCAAGUGGCUGAAUCUUACAUGGGGGAACUGUUACAUAAGAGUAUGGUUCAAGUGAGAUUUGAUGAUUCGGAGUAUUUACUUAGAAAGUUGAAAAGUUUUUCUCUUCAUGAUCUUAUGAGGGACCUAUCAGUAUCCCAGGGAAAAGCAGAAGAUUUUCUCAAUGAAAUUAAACUUCAAGAUGGAAAUGGUUUGCAUCUAUCCAAGUUUGCUUACACUCGCAAACUUGUAGGUCAAUAUUGUGAUCAUAGAUAUGGAAGCACUCGAUCAAUGUUACUUAAUGAUGAUCGCAUUUUGACACAAACACUGGGAUCACAUUUAGCCAAUUAUAGGUUGCUAAGAGUCUUGUGUCUGGAUGGUGUUUUGCUUGGUCGACACAGUGUUAUCCAUAACCAUUUUGGUACGGAUAUUGGUAGUGAGAUGGGCAGCCUUAUUUACUUAAGAUAUUUUAGUGCAAGGAAGUCGAACUUGGUGAAUUUUCCAUGGAUACAAAAAUUGGUGCUGCUACAGACUCUCAAACUAGAUCAAAACGGGAAUAAGAUGGGUUACUCUUUUUCACCAAAGCCAAUUGGUACCUUGGGGAAGUUGAUACAUUUGUAUCUUCCAACGUGGGUGGGCACAUUAGAGGAGAAACUGAAAUUACGGUUCAACAAUGGGUUGAGCAAAUUAGAGAUAUUGGAGAAUUUUGAUACUCAGUGGUGUGAGGUUAAGGAUCUACCAAAAUUAACCAAUCUUCAAAGACUAAGGCUAAUGGUAAGCGGAAGUCCUGACGAUGUGGAUGAGAUGCUGAUGUACUUUGCAAAAUUGGCCUUGUCAACUUCAGGUCUCCUGUAUGUGGCCCUUACUGUUGAUAUAUAUUCUGAAGAUGGGUUGCUUUAUCGCCCAGAUAUCGUAAGACAGUUGUUCUGGAAUGAUAAGUUUCAGGAAUUAUCGAUAUAUGGCAAGCUCCCAGAAGUGGAAGAAUUAUUUGAGAAGCAGCAACAACUUAUUAAUACUCACAUUACUGCUUCUUUGAUUUGUAUCACCAGCUUAACACUUUCAAAGUCAUACCAAAAAAAAGAUCCAAUGGCUGCGCUAGGGAAGUUUCCAAAUUUGAGGAAUUUGUUGUUGGAUGAGGCAUAUCAAGGAAAAGAGAUGGUGUGCUCAGCUACGAGUUUCCCAAAACUCACCCAGCUUAUUCUGAUGACUCUUCGCCAAUUAAAAAAUUUGAGAGUGGAGGAAGGAAGCAUGCAUGUUCUCUCCGAAUUGUCCAUUUCUAAUUGCCGUGAGUUGGAGGAGCUUCCACAAGGACUCGAAUAUCUCAGCUCCCUUCAGAUACUAAGAGUGAACCCUAAACCUCGGAAUUUUUUAGAUAGAAUCGUCAUGGUCAACGGUGAACAGGGGCCUGAUUUUUAUAGAAUCGCUCAUGUCCCUGAUGUUCAAAUGGGCAAUUGGGUGCUCCGGAGAAACCGAAUGAAAUAGAGAAAGCAUUAGUACUCUAACACCCCAGUCCCACAUCAAGUCGUGUGGAGACUUUAGUUCAGUUUAUAAACUUAAAUACUACUACUAAUUGCACCAAUAAAUCAUGAUCUUCUGGGAGUCUGUGGUGGGCUUGUGGAUUACCCAAGUUGUUGCAGUUGAGCCAGUUUAUUUCGGCUUAUUUUCGGAUUCGGAGUUCGGGACUUGACACGAUUUUCGAAAAAGACUCGGGAUUUGACCCGGGUUGUCACAAGUACAGUAGCAGUUUCCCAGUUCUGUAUGUUAUUGUUCAGUUUGUUUUACACUUUGUUUAAUAUUACUCAUUUCCCAGUUCUCCUUGAUGUGUUCUGGUUUCCAUGAUAUUUAAUAUUGCACUAUUCAUUACAAAUAUAAAACCAAUGUUAAGCAACAUAGUAUAUGUUAGUUUGAUUGC